AUGGAGAGAGUGGCGAGGUUGGCGGCGCAGCAGGCGGUGGUGAUCUUCAGCAGCAGCACCUGCUGCAUGUGCCACGCGAUAAAGUCGCUGUUCCAGGACCUGGGGGUGAACUACACGGUGCACGAGCUCGACGAGGAACCCUAUGGCGCCGACAUAGUGACGGCACUCUCCCGCCUCAUCGGUCGCAGCAGCCCCCUCCCCGCCGUCUUCGUCGGCGGGAAGCUCGUUGGCUCCACCGACCGCGUCAUGGCCCUCCACCUUGCCGGCAAGCUCGCCCCCCUCCUCAGCGAUGCCGGAGCCAAGUGGCUCUAA